CUCUCCAUCCCCGACGUCCUCGUCCUCCACCCGAUGGCCAAACGCAAGAGGCCGCCGCUGACCCCGCCGCCGAGCAGAACGCGCUGCUGCCUCAGCUACCCGUCCUCGCCGCGCGCCAUCGACUGGGCCGAGCUCUACCCCGCGUUCGCGGGCUCUGGCAAGACCCCCGAGUUCGCAGACGUCGGCUGUGGCUUUGGCGGUCUCCUGAUUGCCCUCGCCCCUCUAUUCCCGGACUCCCUCAUGCUCGGCAUGGAGAUCCGCGUCCAGGUCUCGCAGUACGUCCAGGACCGCAUCGCCGCCCUCCGUGCCACCUCCGCACCGUCCCCCGACAGCACCUCUCCAGGCCCGUAUCAGAACGUCUCCAUCGUGCGCGCCAACUCCAUGAAAUUCACGCCCAACUACUUCCCCAAGCACUCCCUCUCUGCCAUGUUCUUCCUCUUUCCCGACCCUCACUUCAAGUCCCGCAAGCACAAGGCCCGCAUCAUCUCACCGACCCUCCUCGCGGAGUACGCGUAUGUCCUCAAGCCAGGCGGCAUCGUGUACACCAUCACCGACGUGAGAGACCUGCACGACUGGAUGAGGACGCACCUCGAGGGGUUUCCGCUGUUUGAAUAUGUAAGUGAAGAGGAUCUCAGGAAGGAGGGCAAAGGCACGAUCCUCGACGCGGUGUAUACUAGCACGGAGGAGGGCAAAAAGGUCGAGCGGAACCAGGGCGACAAGUGGCUGGCGUGCUUUCGGAGGAUCGAGGUGUCGAGGGACUGAACGGCUUCCGUACGAUUACCCAUAUGUUGUAGCCUUAGACCAUCUUUUCACGGAAAUC